CUGGAUGCCGGCAGCUGCAGGAACUAGAACUCCCUUGUGUUGAAGUGGAUCCUUGUGGAGAUGCUCAGGCUGCAGCUGAAGGGGCUACCCUCGGCAUCUUUGAAUAUGAGGAGCUGAAGCAAAAAAAGAAACCCGCCCUUAAAAUUCAGUUACAUGGCAGUGAUGGAAUUGAUGCCUGGCAGAAAGGGAUUCACUAUGCAGAAGGCCAGAACCUGGCCAGAUAUCUUAUGGAAGGCCCUGCAAACCAUAUCACACCAACCAAAUUUGCUACCAUCAUUGAGGACAAAUUGAAGAGCUUUAGUAGUAACGUGACUGUUCAUAAAAGCGGUGGCAUUUCCAUCAAGCCUUCAGCCAAUAUGGAUGCCAUGAGAGCAGAUAUGGGAGGAGCAGCCACCAUUUUUUCUGCUAUUGUCACAGCUGUAACGCUGAGGUUACCCAUUAAUAUAAUUGGUCUGGCCCCGCUUUGUGAAAACAUGCCCAGUGGAAGGGCAAAUAAACCUGGAGAUGUUGUGACGGCCAUGAAUGGAAAAACAAUUCAGAUUGACAAUACAGAUGCAGAGGGAAGAUUGGUGUUGGCUGAUGCUCUUCACUAUGCACACCGUUUUAAUCCAAGGGCAAUUUUAGAUGCUGCAACAUUAACAG